AUGUACAGUUCCAAGGUUAGACAUUUGAUUCCCAAGUCAAGACACCAAUCAAUCGAUGGUGAUUCUAACUCAGCCAAGACCAAGACCGCACGUCGCAACCGCUCCUCGGAUCCAACCGCAGACUCUUCCAACAACGACUCCUCCGGCGGAUCCCGCCACCGUCGCCACCGCCGUGGCUCCACCCAGGGCUCCGAGUCACCCACCAAUGACACGCCACCGACGGGCCCUAAACCUCGUAGGAAAACAAAGACUAGUACCUCUGAAGACAGUCCCGUAAAGAAGUCCUCUCCUAGAACCCGAAGGGCCUCUAAGGGAGAUUCUUUAUCUGAUAUCUCUCUUUCUCAAGAGUUGGGUUCUAGUCCUGGGCCUGAAUCUGGACCCGUACCCAAUUAG